CCAGGCUUCGGGCUGGUCUUGCGGGUGGCGGGCGAUGGUUGGUAGGACUGAACCGGGCCCGGCCGGGUUGCAGAGCUGGAGGGGGUGGCAGUGAACGGCGGCGGAGGCUGCGGGGGUUCCAUUUGGCUGACUGGGGAGUCGGCGGGCGGCAGGUAUGCCUCAUCUUGGAUUUGCUCUGCACCCAUGUGGUGUAAUAGAAGUAGGAUUUCUGCAGGUUCAGAACCUCCAGACCCUACCCCGUGUAAUCUGGUUGGGACACUGGCGCCACCUAUUCUGCAGAGAAGUGAAGUGACCUUCCUACUUGCCACAGCUGGUGACUGGCGCAGGAGCCAUGCGGGGCCAGCGGAGCCUGCUGCUGGGGCCCGCCCGCCUCUGCCUGCGCCUGCUUCUGCUCCUGGGCUACAGGCGCCGAUGCCCACCUCUGCUCCGGGGCGUGGUACAGCGCUGGCGCUAUGGCAAGGUCUGCCUGCGCUCCCUGCUCUACAAUUCCUUUGGGGGCAGUGACACCGCUGUCGAUGCUGCCUUUGAGCCUAUCUACUGGCUGGUGGACAACGUGAUCCGCUGGUGUGGGGUGGUGUUCGUGGUGUUGGUGAUUGUGCUGACCAGCUCCAUCGUGGCCAUUGCCUACCUAUGCGUCCUGCCUCUCAUCCUCCGAACGUACUCAGUGCCACGGCUCUGCUGGCACUUCUUCUACAGCCACUGGAAUCUGAUCCUUAUCGUCUUCCAUUACUACCAGGCCAUCACCACUCCACCUGGAUACCCACCGCAGGGCCGGAAUGACAUCGCAACAGUCUCCAUUUGUAAGAAGUGCAUUUACCCCAAGCCAGCCCGAACACACCACUGCAGCAUCUGCAAUAGGUGUGUGCUGAAGAUGGAUCACCACUGCCCCUGGCUAAACAACUGUGUGGGCCACUAUAACCAUCGGUACUUCUUCUCUUUCUGCUUUUUCAUGACUCUGGGCUGUGUCUACUGCAGCUACGGAAGUUGGGACCUCUUCCGGGAAGCUUAUGCUGCCAUCGAGAAAAUGAAACAGCUCGACAAGAACAAACUACAGGCGGUUGCCAACCAGACGUAUCACCAGACCCCACCACCCACCUUCUCCUUCCGAGAAAGGGUGACUCACAAGAGUCUUGUCUACCUCUGGUUCCUGUGCAGUUCCGUAGCACUUGCCUUGGGUGCCCUAACUAUGUGGCAUGCCGUUCUCAUCAGUCGAGGUGAGACUAGUAUCGAAAGGCACAUCAACAAGAAGGAGAGACGUCGGCUGCAGGCCAAGGGCAGAGCUUUUAGGAAUCAUUACAACUAUGGCUGCCUGGACAACUGGAAGGUUUUCCUGGGUGUGGAUACAGGAAGGCACUGGCUUACUCGGGUGCUGUUACCUUCCAGUCAUCUGCCCCAUGGGAAUGGAAUGAGCUGGGACCCCCCUCCCUGGGUAACUGCUCACUCAGCCUCUGUGAUGGCAGUGUGAGCUGGAUUGUGUCAGCCACAGCUUGAGCACCACCCUGUUUCCUACGGUGUCUCAAGGGCCUCCAAGGAUAGCUUCUCGGGAUCCUUGGGCAAAAAAGUCAAUGGGCCUGCC